GCGCGUCCAGCGGCUGAGGGGACGCAGACGCACGGGGGAGCCGCCUGGUUUUAUUUAACUUUACUUUUCCCGGUUAUUAAAACUUCUGCGCCACAUUCCUCUCCAUUUUUCUUCUUCUUCUCUUUUUCAUCCUCCCGACUGACGGACUGAGUUUGGAUAUUGGUAGAGGGGGGAGGAGGAGGAGGCAGAGGACCAGCGGGCUGCUCUCAGAUGGAGCACCAGGGCUCCGGGAGCUCAGGGCGCACGGCGGACCCGGAGUGAAUGACGCUGGUGGAUGGACGCUGCUCCCCGGUCCAGGCUGUCCACAGCACGGCCAUGACGGGCACCCAGGACCCAGACCUGCAUGAGCAGCACAGAGGACCAACGCAGGAGGAAGGGGAUGAGGAGGAGGAGGGGGAGAAGGUGCAUGUGUCAGUUGAGGGAGAGGAGAGGGAGCAGGAAGGGGAGGAAGAGGAGGAGGAGGAGGAGGAGGAGGAAAAGGAGGAGCUGCCGUACCCCACUCUAGCACCAGUGGUUCUUUUGGCUCUGACCCAAACCAGCCCACCUCGCUCCUGGUGCCUUCGAGUUGUGUGCCACCCAUGGUUUGAGCGCGUGAGCAUUUUGGCCAUUCUGCUGAAUUGUGUGACUCUAGGGAUGUUCCAGCCCUGCGGACACACACCCUUCCUGCUGCAGGCUCUGGAUGAUGCGAUCUUUGUGUUUUUUGCCGGGGAAAUGGUGGUGAAGAUGGUGGCUCUCGGGGUCAUAGGUCAGAGCGGUUACCUAGGCGACACGUGGAACAGAUUGGACUUCUUCAUUGUUAUAGUGGGAAUGCUGGAGUACUCGCUUGAUGGACACAAUGUCAGCCUGUCAGCGAUCAGGACCGUCCGGGUUCUCCGCCCACUGCGAGCCAUCAACAGAGUUCCCAGUAUGCGUAUCCUGGUGACCCUCCUCCUGGACACACUUCCCAUGCUGGGCAACGUGCUGGCACUGUGCUUCUUCGUCUUCUUCAUCUUCGGCAUCGUCGGCGUGCAGCUGUGGGCGGGGCUACUGAGGAACCGCUGUUUCAUGGGAGAGGAUGUCAAAAUGAGAUAUAACAUUUCCUUCCUGAGUGGCUACUAUCGGCCGGACGGCACCGAUGAACACCCGUUCAUCUGCUCAAUGGAAAGAGAGAACGGGAUGCUUCGGUGCUCCGAUGUGCCUCGCCGCCGUGUGGGCCGGACGUCCUGCUUCCUGGGCGCUGAUGAUGCCCGUCCACAGAUAGAACUCAGAGCAGAUGAACCAGUGCCAUGUGUAAACUGGUACCAGUAUUACAAUGAGUGUCGGGCCGGGGAAAUUAACCCGCACAAAGGAGCUAUUAACUUCGAUAACAUUGGAUAUGCAUGGAUCGCCAUUUUUCAGGUAAUUACUCUGGAAGGUUGGGUGGACAUCAUGUACUACGUCAUGGAUGCACAUUCUUUCUACAACUUCAUCUACUUCAUCUUCCUCAUUAUAGUGGGCUCCUUCUUCAUGAUCAACCUGUGCCUGGUUGUCAUAGCAACCCAGUUUUCUGAAACAAAGCAGAGAGAACACGCCUUAAUGAAAUCGGAGCAGCGUGCCCGGCAACUCCACCAAUCAGCUUCCACGCUGGCCAGCGACAGCCAACCGGGCAGCUGCUAUGAGGAGAUCAUCCGCUACCUGGCGCACCUGGGCCGCAAGGCGUGGCGACGACUGUCCCGCUACUACGCUCAGACACGCACGCGCUAUCACUGCGUCUGCGUGUGCAGCAAAGACAGAGGAGGUGGAGCUGCCAGAGGGGGCGGGGCUGGGGAAAUGAACGGACUUGCCCACCGGCACUCAGGCCACGCUCCCAACGAUCUGUCACACCUUCAUCAACUUUAUCAUCAUCAUCACCAGCAUCAUCACCAGCCACAUCAACAGCCUCAGCCUGAGCCUGCUGUCAGAAACGGAGGGAAUGGUUUGAAUUAUCCCUUCAUAUCGCCUCUCUUCAGUCAUCUGGAUGCAAAGACCCAGGACCAGAAGAGGCUUGUUGCCACGGAGACCGUCAACAGACUGCCGCAGCUGGUGGUGGAGCAUGGUGGGUGCACUGGGCACCCUGCGUUACCGUUGCCAGGUGAAGUCCCAGGAGACUCCUCAGUAUGCCCGUACUGUAUCUACUACAACCAACCUGGUGACAAUGAAAAUUUUAAUGAGCAGCCCGAAGACAGGCAUCAUGGGUACAGCAACUCAUGCCAUGGCAACAGCCCGUGUCAUAGUAACAGCCCAUGCCACUGUAGCAGCCCCUGCCGUGGUGAUUCACAGGUGUCUGAGCCAAAGAAAAGGCUGUGUAAGCGUUGCUGGGCGGGACUCCAAACUAAACUGGAACUCAUUGUUGGCAGCAGAUACUUCAGCAGAGGAAUCAUGAUUGCAAUCCUUAUUAACACACUGUCGAUGGGCAUAGAGUACCACGAACAGCCGCAGGAGCUGACAGAUGUUUUGGAGAUCAGUAACAUGGUGUUCACGAGUCUGUUCAGUCUGGAGAUGCUGCUGAAGCUCAUGGCUCUCGGGCUCUUUGGGUACAUCAAGAACCCCUACAACGGCUUUGACAGCAUCAUUGUCAUCAUCAGUGUGUGGGAGAUUGUAGGUGAGGCAGAGGGAGGCUUAUCGGUGCUGCGUACCUUCCGUCUGCUGAGAGUUUUGAAGCUGGUCCGCUUCCUUCCUGCCCUGAGGAGGCAGCUGGUGGUGCUGAUGAAGACCAUGGACAAUGUGGCCACGUUCUGCAUGUUGCUGAUGCUCUUUAUAUUCAUAUUCAGUAUCUUGGGGAUGCAUUUGUUCGGCUGUAAAUUCGGUUUGCGACAAGAUGGUGGCGACACGUUACCUGACAGAAAGAACUUUGACUCUCUGCUCUGGGCAACUGUCACUGUGUUUCAGAUCCUCACCCAGGAGGACUGGAAUGCGGUGCUCUAUAACGGGAUGGCCUCCACCACGCCGUUGGCUGCCCUCUAUUUCGUCGCCCUCAUGACCUUUGGCAACUACGUCCUCUUCAACUUGCUCGUAGCCAUUUUGGUGGAGGGCUUUCAAGCCGAAGGUGAUGCCAGCAGAUCUGAGACAGAUGAUGAGAGACAGUCGCUCUCCUUCGAGGAUGAGGAGAAGCUGAGAGAGCUGUACGCUGCAGAGCUCAAGAUCCAGGCCAUGAUGCUGAGCCCCAAUGGUCUCCUGAACCCCAAAGCCUCCAUGCCGCACCACCCUUCUCUUCCUGCUCCUCCUCCUCCUCCUCUUCCUCCUCCUUGUCUGCCAGUCAUCACACACACCGCAGCCACACCCACCAUAAACUCCAACCAGUCACGCCGGCCGAGUGGUGCUUCCAUGGACAUCCACAGCCUUGAUCAGAGGUCACCGUUGCCCUCACAGGUUCCCUGGGACAGUGGGCCAGAGAGCCGUCGCUCCAGCUGGACCAGCAUCGGCCGAGCCCCCAGCCUCCACAGGAAGAGCCAGUCAGGAGAGAUGGAGUCCCUGCUGUCCGACACGCACACGAGCUCCAACCACAGCAGCAGGGAGCAGUCUCUGGACCAGCCGGAGUACCUGCAGGUGCCAGUGCUCCACUCGCCCGACUGCAACGGCACCACCUUUCACCUCCCUGACCACUGCUACGACGACGCUCCCUUGACCUCGCACUGCCAUGGCGAUCAGGAGGAUGAAGAGCCUGAGGAGAGUUUAUGUAAGAAGCUGAAGAAGAUGCUGGAGCCAUAUGAGCCUCAGUGGUGCCUGGAGCAUGAAGAGUGGUCUCUCUAUCUGUUCGCUCCACACAACCGGCUCAGGUUGUGGUGUCAGAGGGUCAUAGGUCACAAGAUGUUUGAUCACAUCAUCCUCCUCUUCAUCUUCCUGAACUGUAUUACGAUUGCACUGGAGAGACCCGACAUACAGCCCAAAAGCAUGGAGCGGGUGUUCCUCAGUGUGUCCAAUUACAUCUUCACUGUGAUCUUCGUGGGUGAAAUGAUGAUCAAGGUGAUCGCUAUGGGCCUGUACUUUGGGCAUGGCGUGUACCUGCAGAGCAGCUGGAACAUCUUAGACGGACUGCUGGUGUUUGUGUCGCUCGUGGACAUCCUGGUGUCCAUGGCAUCAACAGGAGGUAAUCGAAUCUUUGGCAUCCUGCGUGUGCUUCGUCUCCUCCGCACACUGCGACCACUCAGGGUGAUAAGUCGGGCUCCUGGUUUAAAACUGGUGGUGGAGACUCUGAUCACAUCUCUCAGGCCCAUUGGGAACAUCGUCCUCAUCUGCUGUGCUUUUUUCAUCGUGUUUGGAAUUCUGGGAGUCCAGCUGUUCAAAGGGAAGUUUUUCCACUGUGACGGGCGCGAUGUGAGCAACAUCACCAAUAAAACCCAGUGUCUGGAGGCAGGAUACCGCUGGGUUCGACGGAAAUACAACUUUGACAACCUGGGACAGGCGCUGAUGUCACUGUUUGUGCUGUCAUGUAAAGACGGCUGGGUCAGCAUCAUGUAUGACGGUCUGGAUGCUGUCGCAGUGGACCAGCAGCCAAUAAGGAACAACAACCCUUGGAUGCUGCUGUUUUUCAUCUCUUUCCUCCUCAUCGUCAGCUUCUUUGUGCUCAACAUGUUUGUGGGCGUGGUGGUGGAGAACUUUCACAAGUGUCGCCAGCAGCAGGAGGAGGAGGAGGCGCGGCUGAGAGAAGAGAAACGCCAGAGACGACUGGAGAAGAGGAGGAGAAGGGCCCAGGAGAAGCCUUAUUACGCUGACUACUCCCCAUUGCGUCGAUCCAUCCACACCGUAUGCACCAGCCACUACCUGGAUCUCUUCAUCACCAUCAUCAUAUUCACAAACCUCCUCACCAUGAGCAUGGAGCACUACAACCAGCCUCAGUACCUCGAGGAGAUACUGAAGUACUGCAAUUACGUCUUCACAGUGGUUUUUGUCAUCGAGGCCAUUCUCAAACUCAUCGCAUUUGGCCUGCGCCGCUUUUUCAAAGAGAGAUGGAACCAGUUGGACCUUGCCAUCGUGUUGCUGUCCAUCAUGGGAAUCACACUAGAAGAAAUAGAAAUGAAUGCUUCCCUCCCCAUCAACCCCACCAUCAUACGCAUCAUGCGAGUCCUGAGGAUAACAAGAGUGCUGAAGCUGUUGAAGAUGGCUACAGGAAUGAGAGCUCUGUUGGACACAGUGAUGCAAGCUCUGCCUCAGGUGGGGAAUCUGGGUCUGCUCUUCAUGUUGCUGUUCUUCAUCUAUGCAGCUCUGGGAGUUGAGCUCUUUGGAAAACUGGAGUGUUCAGACGAGAACCCAUGUGAGGGUCUUAGUCGCCACGCUACCUUUGACAACUUCGGCAUGGCUUUCCUCACACUCUUCAGGGUGUCGACCGGGGACAACUGGAAUGGGAUUAUGAAGGACACGCUGAGAGAGUGUCGCCCGCAGGAGCGCCACUGCCUCACCUACCUGCCCCUAAUCUCUCCCAUUUACUUCGUCACCUUUGUCCUGACGGCUCAGUUCGUGCUGGUCAACGUGGUCGUGGCUGUUCUAAUGAAGCACCUGGAGGAGAGCAACAAGGAGGCACAGCUGGAGGAGAUGGAGGAGAGGAAGGAGAGGGAGGAGAGGGAGGAGGCCGCCCGACAACUCAGUAAUGCAUCUGUGGGCGGAGACUUGGUGCCAAAUGUGGACACACCUGCCCAGGUGCAGGUUGAGGACGAGGAUUGUUCCCAUGGCAACCUGCAGAGCAUAGGACGCAUGCUGUCUCUCCCCAGCGACAGCUACGCUCAGCCACUCAGAUACUCCCCUUAUCCUCCCAUUUGCCAUGAAGCGUACUCCAGCUACAGCUACUCAGGCUCCAUGUCAUCCCUGGGCUCCAGUGGAGGCGGCUCACUGCUGCAGGUUCCAGGAGCUCUGCCGGCCAUCAGCCACGCUUCACUGGGGACUGGACGCAGCUCCAGGCCAAAGAUCUGCCUCAGCACCGCUCAGAGCAUCGACAGAUACUCCCAACACAGACUGAGUGCAGCUGACAGCAUCGAGGGAUACAGGUUCAGCCCGGCGCACAGAACAAACAGACACAGACUCAACUCGGCUCACAGUAUAGAUGGAUACAAGUUCAGCCCGACCCAUCGGAUAAACAGACACAGACUCAGCUCGACUCGCAGUGUGGACGGAUACAGGGUCAAUCAAGACCACAACGCAGACAGACCUAAACUCAUGUCCAGCCACAGUAUAGACAGACACUCCUCGCUCAGACUGCAUCCCACCCACAGUGUCAGCAGACGUCCCUCGCAGUGGCUCAGUCCUGAAGACAGUUUGGACAGAAACAAGCUGAGUCCCUCAUACGUUCCAGAUAGUAAAGUCCUGAAGAGACCAGCAUCCUUCCGAAUUGCAAGCAGACAGUUACGCAGACAGGAGGCUGUGCGCUGUGACUCUCUGGAUCAGAGCGGUUCAGCUGAUGAUCUGGCAGAGCCUCACCUCACUGUGCCCGCCGCUUCUUCCACACCGCCACGCCAGCGAUCGUCCAGUGUACACACGCUGAAAUAUACACACCCCCAGAGGGUCAUAUCAUGCAGGAGCCACAGCCGGAGCCACAGCGAAACCACUGGGCAAGAACAGAUACCUGAGCAGGCCAUCUGCGGCUCGCAACCGGAAACAGAUGCUGAGAAGAGGCCUGUCAGCCCGCAGAGGCCGUCCAGUCUGAAGAUCCCCAGUGGUGAAUCCACCUUAUCAGCGCCGCUCUGUAGCUCCAGAGCGGCCAGCCCCAGCCCCGGCUCCGGCCCCAGCUCUGACCCCCACUUAGACGACACCGAUGAGGAAGUCAGCCGCAUUAACAGUUCUGUUCACGCACGCUCACACACGCAACCCCCUCCCAGCUCCUCACACAAAAGCAGACACCUUACCCCGAGCCCAGUGGAGCACAGGAGCCGCCUCAGCCAUUCAGUGUCUCCAGUGUCGGGCAGGAACAGGAAGCAGAGGAUGAGCCCGCCGCCAGGAGAGGAGCCGGUUACUAUGGCAACCCAGCCCAUGGACAGCAAUGUUGAGCUGAGAAGGCGGACUCUGUCAUUUGACGCCACAACCCUCUCUCCUAAUCAACCAGAGGGAAGUUCUGUGGACGACUAAACAGACUCAGUGACGUUGGAUUUGUUAUCGUGUUCACGAGGAGGAGCCUGAUGUGCUGCCGAAGCACACGAGAGGGGCGGGAGCUGCAUUCCAAAACAGGAAGGAUACGUGUUUCCUACUUUGGGCCCCGCCCAUUGCCUCGUCCCGUCCAAUCACAAGAUUUUCACAGGGUGUUUGAGCAGGUUCCUUCAGACUGUGUGUGUAUGAGUGUGUGUGUGUUGAAAGACUCUAACCCUUUGUGCUAUUUGCACACAAGAUGCACAUAAGAAGACGUUUCCUUUUCUUCUAUCAUAGUCCUAGCUUUAGUUCAGACAUAGUAGUCACUCCCCUGCUAUAUUUAUUCAAAUGUUAACCUUCCCCUUGCUUGCUCUCCUCCUUUUGCCCUCACUCUCAUCCUUUCCUCGAACCUCAAGCCCAGGUCAGAGUACAAGACAAAAUUACCUGAAAUGUGCAGCGUAGAUUCAGUUACUGACUGAUCUGCUCAUGUACAUGUAGACAUGUUGAUAAACAAAGCAAUCUGUUUAUCUGCAGGUUAUUUACUUGAUAAAUCAAUAAGUCUUCUCGUCUAUGAAACAGAAAGAUUCGCUGAAUUGUUAGACAAGGAAAAGCCACAAAUCUUCACUUUUAAGAGGCUUGAAAAUUGAUUAAUUAUCAAAAUAGUUGCAGAUUCUGUUGAUCGACCAAACAACUGAUCUUUCUUUUUUUUUUCAGCUCGACACACAGCACCUCAUUCAGUCUUAUAAUAAUUUUGUAAUUUGCCAGAACUGUGUACUUUUAGUAAAGGUCCAUGCUCCGUGGUGCAGAAAUUACAAAAUAUUUAUGUUUACAAAAGAGAUUUUUAAGUGAUAAACUCACAAAAGUUGAAGCUGACAAAUAAUUUUAUAUGAAAAUGCUUAAUUUAUAAUUGCACGCUUAUGUAGAUUGGUGCAGGCACAUUUUAUUAAAAGUUAUUGCUCCAAAAAACCCAAAUAAAUUGUACAGAAAUAUCAGAAGUGGAGCAAAAUGAGAAUCUUCUAUCUAACAGAGUGUAAGUUUUUGUUUCUUAAAUAUGACUAAUCUUCCUAUUUUUCAUACCUCUGAACCUACAGUAAACUGCCACUGGAAGUUGCGUGAUCAUUCUCAGAUUUCAGUAUUUCUGGGUCAAAUCAAACGUGGACAUCUUUGUGAUGUUUGAGAAACCCUCCCUGCCUGAAUCCACCCAUCCCCCACAGUCAGAAAAAUCGAUUUGCGCUUAGAUCCUCUAAGUCAAAAUCGUGUAGUGUGACCUCGGCUUUAGUAGUUUCUACCUCGCUUUUCUCCUGAUCCCACCCAUUCGAAUGUUCAGUCAGCUUAGUUUCUCACCCCCCUCUCCACUCUCCUUUUCUGUCUUAGUAUUCUCAGGGUAGAGGUAGUUCAGACGCAGGUGAGUAUGAAGCAUGUGAUCACAGGUCUGCAGAGUUAGAUUGCCCCCUGCUGUCUGAAGCUGGAGCUGGCCAGUCUCGCCUGACGUUUGAAGAGAUUGUACUGUACGGGUGCAGGGUGAAGUUGAGGCAGGAGCAGAUGUACAGAAGGGCUUUUUCAGGUGAUACCAUGGUGUGUAAAACUUUGUAGAAAAAAGGCUAAGAUUAUAUUUUAUUAACACAGCAGCAAUGAUAUGAGAACUACAAAGGUGAAUUUCUACAUUUUUGAAUGUCAAUUUAUCUGUUGGUGAUGAUGAGGAUGCUUGAUGAUGAUGUUAGUGUCAUAGGAUGUUGAUUAUAAUGAUGAUGAUAAGGAGGAAUCUGGAUGAUGCAAAUGUUCAUAAUAUAUAAUAUUCCUGCAGAAUGAAAGCAGGGAAUGAUUUACAGUAAGCUCACCUGCAGUAACAUGAUUGGACAGUGCUGGAAUAAAACCACUUCCUGUCUGACUUUCA